AUGAGCCGGCCGUUCAACGGGGAUCUUAGUGACUUGAUCGCGCGGGGAUGGAAGAGUUACAAAGUGCUGUCACAAGCGCCCGAGCAACUUAGGCCUCUAUGCGAAGCCGUGGCCUUCUUCGUCGAUAUCCUACGCAUGGCACAUGAUGCUAUUCAAGAAAACGUAAACCAACUGUCAGCUUCCGAUCGAUGGUUGAUCAACAGCCAAAAGGAAGCUAUCAGUAUGGCGUUUGAUCAGUUGGAAACUGCGUUUGCAGGUUUGAGAUCGGGUCAAUCGGGUAUCGCGACAAUUGCUACUAUGGAGGGCAAGUUCAUGGCCCAGUCAAAUCAGCUUUCGUCAUUCUUGGAACUCCUGCAAGGUUAUUCAAGAGAAAAGAUCUCGACCGCCCUAGCCAGUAUUCCAGGCAUUGAGUCAGUUGCGUCAGAUUGGGACGCUUUGCAGGUAGAGCUUGAGAGGGUCGGUAUUUCCAAAGAAUUGGCUCGAGGAAACUUUUUCCUCAUCGAUCAAUAUCUGAAGGAGAAUGUAUCGAGCGUCAAUCGAGUGGUCGAAGUUCAUGAGCUUGGGGUCGAGAUAGGCGGAGUCGUCGCACCAGUUCACAUAGAUGAAGACGACCCACCACCCGACUACACGCCGGGAUCGAAACAGGGGACUAAUGAAGAGAAGGGUCAGUCUCUGGAGCGAACCAAUAUGGUCGUGAAUCACAGUGAUCCAGAAGCAGCCAUGGCAACAUCGUCCAAGUCUCCACCUGCAUACGAAUUCGAGGAAGGUCAAGACGAGACUCUGGAUCAAGAUUACGCAAAGUACGUCAAGGAAGCCAUCGAAAACGAGGCCGGUGGAUUUGCAGGAAGCAGUAGGAGUCCGAGUCACCGCUCUGGGACAUUGGCGGGCCCGUUGAUUGCCGCUGAAUCUUCGAAUUCGCAGGGCGGAUCGGUAUCGUCCAACCAAAUAUGA